CCGAAUUAGUACCAUAUAUAUAUACACAUCUUGCCAUCAAAUUAACACUUUAUUGUAAUUCGUAUUUGUACUUGCCUUGUAAAACUUCGGCUAAACUAUCAGCCUUUCUCUGUUCCUCCUUUCUCCACACCUCCCGUUGUAUUCUAGAAGAACAAUCCCAUAUCUCGAUAACUCUACCACUUUUCCAUUACAUAUUUACAAAACGAAUUCGCAUAGCAUCUCAAUAACCAAAAUGGCAACUCCACAACAAUCGGAAGAAAGCCUCACGGGUAUGCAUAGUCUUGACCUUCCAAGACCUUUUUCAACUGCUCGAGGCUCUUUUGUCAUAUCCUAGCUAACCAUGAGGUAUUACAGCUCAAAUAAAGUCGGUCGAUAUGGUGAGUCGGUUAUAUUCUAUGCGGGAGUCUGUGGCAGCAACUAAGUCAAUCAUAGAGCGACGACAUGUCAGAUGAGGCUAUUGAAGUUUGUACGUUGGACCUUUUCCAAUCGCCAUGCCACCGGGUAAUGGCAGAGGGGGAUUAAAUACAUGCGUGAGAUGCUAAUAUGGUGCAUACAGGCCGACAAGCUAUGGCUAAACAUUCCGUUGAGAAAGUAAGAGAGUUCAUCUACAAGUUUUGUUUGACCUCCUUCAUAUGUUAAUAUGAUCUACUAUAGGACAUCGCACAAUACAUCAAGAAAGCUGUACGUCUAUGAGGCUUGCGCCAAUAAAUUAAACAAAGGAUUAGGUGCUAAAAAGUCAUACAAGUUCGAUGAGAAACGAGGCCCAACAUGGCAUUGUAUCGUGGGACGAAACUUUGGAUCAUUUGUCACCCAUGGUACUUUUCCUCCGAAGCUUUAGUAUUUUUGUUGGCCCUCUCUGACUUUUCCCAGAAACAAAACACUUCAUCUACUUCUACCUCGGCCAUUGCGCGAUCCUCCUUUUCAAGACCCAAUAAAUUCUUCGUUUCCGCCCACAGACGGUACGAACAGCUC